AUGGCCAGCAGUGAUCACAGUACUAAUUGUGUUAAUACCUCAGAUGAGGAGGACUUUUCCUCCAAUGAGGAAUCUAGCUUGGAUAGCACAGAGACAACAAAAUCUGCACUGGGAAAGCUGAGACUGGACAAACUUCAAAUCCUCCAAAAUGGUCUAAAUGAUUGGAAGGAAGCUGACAUGAACAAAAGGAACAAAAUCAAAUGGCUGGAUGCCAACAAGAGCCUCAAACAAAAUGAAUGGAAUAGAAAACAGACAGUGAUCAAGAACUGGAUGUAUAACAACAGUCAGUCCCAUGCACAGAAGGCCCUGGUCAAGUAUGGCUCCAAAUGGAUGGCCCUAAAGGUGAUCAAGCUGCAGCAUAAGAAGGAUAUCCAGCAAGUACUUGUGAAGGCUGGAAUACAUCCCAGGACAUUGGCUAUGAUCAAACACUAUCAGCCAGCCAUUCAGAAGGUAGUCCAGUCAUUGACCAAGGCUGAAUUGGACCAGGCAGCCUGUUUGGCAAAAGAGUGGAAUGAGAGAAAGCUGCCACCCGAAGCCCAGGCAGAUAAGGGCUGGAAGUAUGCAAAACAGUUUGCAUAUGACAUGUGGAAGCAGUGUGGGAUGAGAGUGGUGAUCAUGUCAGCAUGGAAGGAUAAGGAAGGCAAAGUGAUGGUUGGAGUGAAUGACUUCAAUGACAAGCUGGGUGAUGGAGAGCUCUAUUUGGAUUGGGAAGACCUUCAUGGAAAGUGGUCAGCCUAUGCAAAGAAGGCCUUUGGGGCCAAUGGUAUGGAGGAUGGCAGUGGAGAGGAUGAGGCCAGUCAAACCACAGUAAAAGCACAGAAAGGAAAAAAGCAGUCUCAGUUCUCCCUGUCCACCAAUGAUGAUGGCAUGCCAAUUCUUCCAAAUCUCUUGGACUUACAGACACCAGAAUUAAAGGACAUCAUGAGGGUGUUCAUAACUGGCCAUUAUUGCUUGGCUUGUGGGAAGACAAAUGCCAAUGUACCUUGGGCUGCAAUAGCUGACAACUGGGCAUCCUAUGUGUCUUCCAAGUAUCUUCCUCCCAAUAUCCCAUUCAAAGAGCCCACCAGGCUGACACAUCAUGAACUAACUGAAACCUUGGAGUUCUGGAAGGAGCAACAGCAGGAGCACCCAGAAGAUGUCUUCUGGUUCCGAAGGUGGAGAUCUCAGGAUGGUUCCCUGGAGGAGCUGGUCACCAAACACCAACACUGGUCAGACAAAGCCAAAGGGAAGAGACCCUGGACAGAAGUAAAUUCCAUUGAUGGCUCCAACUACAGACAUCACUCAGAGGAGGAACCAGCUCCUCCCACAAAACCUUCCACCAAAUGGCAACAGAUAGAUGGUAUGUCAGAGCUGGUCAGAUUCUUUACUGGUAACCCUAACAUGGCCUUGGAAUUGAGGACAACAGAUGACAGAACCAGUCCACAUCAGACCAGUGCAAUAUGGCUACUGCAUACCCCAAGCCAGCUGACAAUCAUGCCAAUGAUGGUGGCAAUUCAACUGCAAGGAAGCCCAAGCCCAAGCCAAGAAUCAGAUCCAAUGCAUUCUACAGCAGCCCAGAAUGAUAAGAUGGUCAUAUUACCUAAUGAUUGCAGAUGCUGUGAAAUGGACAGGGAAGAUGAACUGUUGGAUCAAGCAGAAGAGGAUGGUGUGGCUUGUCACCCAGAGUGGAAUUCUGGUCUGGUUCAAGAUGGUAGCCUACACCUGCCAGCUCUUCCUCCAGAAGAUCUGCUAACUGUUGCCAGAAUCUGGAACUUCUGGACUUACACUUGCUGUAUGGUGAACUCCUGGGAGACUGCUAAAAGCUCUGAAUGCGACAAUGGGUUUGGCACCAGUGAUGGGGAUCUAGCUGGUGGUAUUGAUGUGGAGCUGAAUGAUGCAGGAGUGUCUGAAAGGUCCAUAGGACUGACCAGUGGGGACUGGAAUGGUCAGGGUGACCCCCAAGGUGGCUUGUGCAAUGGUGUAACUGGGGCAACAGGCAGUGGUGAUUUGUCCCAUGCUGGCUCAAGUAAUGGGGUGCGGUCAGAGAGGCAUGUUGAUAUGGAGUCUCAAGGAGGCUCAACCAAUGGGCUGCUAGAGGAGGGAGAUGGUGCCAAUGACUCCCAUGCUGGCUCUAUCAAAGGUGAUCUGGGCAAACCAGAGGACUGGAAGGAGGGUUCCAUUCCAGUUCAUCACUGGACUGGUGAAUUCACCACACCACUCAAGCACCCACCACCUGCACACCAAAGCUUUAACAGCACUAUGUCUACUGCCAACACCAGCACCUUCAUCCUGGCACAAUCAACCAACAACAUCCAGCCAGUCAUCACUGCUGAAAAUGCCAAGUGGAUGGUUGAGGAGGCUGCCAGGGUUACAAUGCAGGCACUGAGAAGACUUUGGGGCCAGGACACUAAGCACUGGGGCAAAGCAGCUCAGCUUGUGUGGGCCCAGCUGGGCAUGGUCUGCAUGGUUGUUGAACAUCUACCCCCAGCAUUCAAGAUCCCUCUGCAUCUUAUUGCUAUUGAUAUGCACAUGGUUGACCCAGCAACAAUCUUUGCCAUGCAGACAUGGCCACCUUUCAACCAGAUGAUGACAACACGAGAGGCUGAUGUGAAGGAUCAUGCAUGGUAUUGCCUUCAUCACCAGCCUAAGUCUCACCCAUAUUACAAGGUCAUGGAGGAGCUUACUGGGCCUUCAUUGAGGGCCAAGCACCAGGCACAGCCAGUGGAUAAGGGGAAGGGGAAAGAGUUGGGUAUGGAUGAGGCUCAAAGGAUUCAGCAUCUGGAAACUAUGGCUAGGACCACUGGAGUUGUGAUGCAGAAGCCAGGAAAUGAGGAGGAUCAGAACAGGGAGAAGGCACGGGGCUGUAGCCAGUCAAGACAUGGCUGGCCAGCAGCCAAGCCUGUCAAUGCCAGUGAUCAGACUAGUAGAGGCCAGGAGCCAGUCAAGGAGACCAAUGAAGAAGCUUGUUCAAGGGGAGGGGAGACAAGUCUGAGAUGCAGCAAAAAGCCUCCCAUUCAAGGCCUCACUGGGAACGAUCCCCAGAAGACAUUGCUGGCCUUCCCACCACUUCAAUGCUGGCUGCACCAGCUCCAUCAACUGGUCAACAAGCCAAACAUCAAAGGGCAUCAAGCCAAAAUCAAUCCACCAGUCCAUCCAAAGUCACAAGCUGUCAUUCAUCUCCUGGCCCAUGGACUGGCUGCCCCAUCACAUUCUCAUGCAAGAAGCAUUGCAACAGACCCACCCAUCACUCCAGUGCCAACUACUACAACUGGUGCCAGUGAUCUGUGCCAUUGUGACAAGUAUCAGGAAGAGGUUACCAUCCUCAAGUGGGAGAAUGCUGACAUGAGGCAGGAGAUAGAAGUAACCCAUACUGAGCUUGCUGCUCUCCAUCAGGUGGUAGAUGCUAUCCAUAAUCACCUAUUCCCAGCCCCAGACAUGCUUAACCAUCCUCUGGUCCCAUUUCACACUACUUCCAACCCUACACCAGUACCUCACAUGCCAGUCAUGGUGGAACUUGGCACUGCAACUGGUGUUGUAGAGGUUCAAUCAUCCCAAUGCAGCUCAAGACAGGAGUCCACUGAACCCCCCCUGGCUUCAUUCAAGGGAGGUGCUGGCUUGGAAGUACCUUCUUCAAAUGUCAAAGCGGUGCAUGGACCUGCUGGAGGUCUGGCAAUCUCUAUUACUCCACCACCACCAGCAGUCAGAUCAGCACCCAGACAGGAAGGUAGGAUGGAGGUUGACUAA